GUCAUUAAUCAAGAGAUCUGAAGAUGGUUUUAUGACUAUUCAUGACAUAAUUCAAGCAAGAGGAAAAAAAAUGUCAGAGCAAAACAGAAUCACAGACUCCGAAACUUUAUUAGAUUGUUUGAAUAAUGAAGAGGUAUGUCAGUCACAAUUUCUAUUGCCAACAUUAUCAAAAUGCAUUUGAUAUUCACAAUCAUAAUGUCUACUUUGGUGCAGAGACUCAAAAAUUUGGAAGGCAUCUAUUUUCGUGGAGAACGUGAGCAGCCCCCAAUCGAAAUUAAUGCUGAUCAUCUUAAGUGUAUGAGCGAUUCCUUAAGAGUGCUAUUGUAUUCUGGAAGUUCGGCAAUACAAUUCAGGGGGAAAUGUCAUAAGCCAUUUAAAGAACUCAGAUGCCUGUGGAUUGCCUGUAAAAUUUCUGAUUUACCAACAGAGUUUGUGAAACUUGAGCGUCUCGCUUUCUACCUUGGCCCCUUCACACAAGCCAUGAGUUUAUAUGAGCUUCCUCCACGCCUGCGUGUUAUGUACAUUACAUUUCAUGUUAAGAAGGGAGUUGCAGAUUCUAAAAAUUCUCCCAGAGUCACUUCAGCUUCUUCUCUUGUACGAUUAACCUGUCGGAGUUUGGAAAAUAUGCAAAUGUUACCAGACGGAUUGGAAAACCUGACAAAGUUAGAGAAAUUACUAUUAUAUGGAUGCCACCAGUUGAGGGAACUUCCUUCCAAAUUUGGGGAACUCAUAAAUCUAAAAGAGUUGUCGCUAUACGAUUGCAAUGAAUUGAAAGAGUUGCCUUCAGAAUUCGGGCGACUUAACAAUCUAGAAAGGUUCCUUCUAUGGGAUUGCCCCCAAUUGAAACAGUUGUCCUCAGAUUUUGGGAGACUUAGCAAUUUGACAGUAUUGCAAUUAAAGGGCUGCUAUAGAUUAGGUGUUUUGCCUUCCAGCUUUGGGCAACUUAGCAAUUUGAAAUAUAUGUAUUUUAAUGGCUGCUCGAGCUUAAGUGUAUUGCCUCCUAGCUUUGGGCAGCUUAACAAUUUGAUAAAUUUGGCUUUAGACGGUUGUUCUGCGUUAAAAGAUUUACCUGCAGGAUUUGGGCAACUCAAAAGUCUGGAAGAUAUAGAAUUGAACCACUGUUCUGGAUUAAAAGAUUUGCCUUCUGACUUUGGACAACUCCAAAAUCUGAAAAGGUUAAAUUUGAGCCACUGUUCUGGAUUGAAAGAAUUACCUUCUAAUUUUGGACAACUCAAAAAUUUGACAAAAUUAGAUUUGAGCCACUGCUCCGGCUUAGAGGAAUGGCCAUUAAGCUUCAAAGAUCUCACAGGGAUGAAAAACAUAAAUUUGACAGGUUGUCAGAAAUUAAAAGAAUCGCUGCCCAAUAACAUCAGCGGAAAUUGUUCUAUCUUAUUUGAUUAAAUCAUUUCUUCCAGGAUUCA